AUGAGCCGCACGGCUGCUUCUUCUGUGCUCUUAAUUAUUGAUGACUGCGGACUCACUGGCGUUGAGAGAAAUGAAUUUCUUUUUGUUAGAAUCAUGAUUUGGUCGAUGUCGAAACGGGUGAUAGAGAUUGAAAAAGAUUCAUUGCUUGCCGAGGGUGUAAAGGCAUUUGCGUCUAAUUGA